UAAAUGUCAGAGUGACAGAGUUAAAACCGCAAAGUAUUAAAUAUUAUUGUUGAUGGUAAUUAAAAUGGAGACCUACGAUAAAAUUUACAAAUCAAUUUGUCGUUUGUGUUUAAACUAUAGCGUCAGUGAAAAAAUGGUGCCUUUAAUUGAUAGUAAGAAUGAAGACGGUCUCAGCGUAUACGGAAAAGCGGUCCUUAGGUUCGCUAAAAUAUCCAUUGACAAGCAAGAUUGUUUACCGAUUGCUAUGUGUAUAAAAUGCUUGCAAUUACUUAAACAAGCGAUAUUUUUUAAAUUCAUGUGUGAAUCGAAUAACUCCUGCCUUAAUAAAUUAAUAUCCACUGACGAUUAUAAACAAAAGAUAGUUGAGUACACAAUGUUAAGGUUUUAUUUCCCAAAUGAAAAUUUAAAUACUAAAAAGCGUGUGCGUAAAAAAGAACAACAACUAAAAAAACCAUCGGAAAAGACGAGAAAUGAAGUGACUCUUACUAGUGGAAAAAACAAUAAUGAUUUGAAAUCUGUACAAGACCGCCUCCAUAGUGUGCAAAUUGAAAGUGAUUGUGAAGAAAAUGUGUUAGAAAAAAUGGAAAAUCUAAUAGACUCUAAUGUGUGUGAUACUAUAGAGUUACGGAAACCAUUAAAGAGGAAAUUGAGAAGGAAAAAAUUGGAAAACAAGAGACGAAGAAUGCUUCUUAUACAACAGAGAAUAUCGCAGAAAAAUACACAAGUUGGAAAUUUAGUUUGUGGUAUAUGUAAUAAAGUAUUAGCAAACCAACACACAUACGACCAUCAUAUGCAACGUCACAACGGAUGUAGGUAUAUUUGCGAGCAUUGCGGCAAAGGAUUCCCAGUGAAGACUGAACUCCAAAUUCACCAAGUUUCUAAGCACGGGACCGGUCCAUAUUUACAAUGUUCGCAUUGUCCUUUCAAAGCCCCCAGGAAAUUCGAUUUAAUAGAACACGAAAGAAUCCAUUCAGGCGAACGGCCCUAUACUUGCGAGAAGUGCGGAUUAACAUUCCGCAGGCGUGGUAUAUGGAAGAAACACCUAAUAUAUCACACGGAAAAGAAAAUACAAUGUCCACGGUGUCCCAAAAAGUUUUUCCAGCGCAGCGAAAUGUUGGCCCAUGCUAAUAACGUACACGAUAGAGUUUACGUAUAUUUAUGCAGCAAGUGUGGUGCGACGUACGCCAAAACUGCUACAGUUAGGCGACAUAUGACCGAAAGGCAUGGUAUUCCGCGUGAGAUGCAAGGUAAAGUUGUGAGAAUUAAUAAGGCUGCUGGUCUUCAGGAACAAUAAACAAAAAUAGUGAUCAUAAAAUGUAUACAAAAAUCAUAAUGUAUACAUCGUAAGAACUGACCAUAUAUAACACUUACGCCCAAAAAAAGUAUUUAGUAACUGAUGUGAAUAUUUUUUUUACAUCUUUUUGUACGUUAGACUUUUUUUGCUCAUUUUCUUUCAAUUAUUAUCCCCUUAAACAUACAGACAAAAAUUUCAUGGUACUUUUUGCUAUAGUUUCGUUUUUAACUGGGCUAUUUUUAUUAAGAGAUUAACUCGAGGGCUGUCAAAUCUUAAAAUUCCUAUUACAACAUCGUCUCCGAAAUCUGAAUUUGCAAUAAUUUCGUGCUAUUUUAAAAUAUGAAACAAAUUUAGGAAUUUUCACCAGAGUUAUUCAAAGUUAAAAAUUACAACACACUUUUAGAUUUCGUGGGAACUUCCUCAUUGCGGACAAGUACUAUAUUUAUCCUAGUGGUCUCAAAACAAAAAGUAUCUGAUAAAAGUAUAAAUGGGUACUUGUUUUGUAUUUAAAACGAAAUUAUGAUGUCCGAACGAAUAAAUUUCUAAAUAUUUAGUCCAAAUAUAUAUUUGUCGUGCUUGUGUCAAUAAUGUGAUGAAGAAAAGCUGAAAAAAAUUGAGAUUUUGUUAUCAUUUCGAAUUUUGUAAAGAAUUUGUUUCAAUUUGUAAAAAUCAGCAAAUAAACAAAUCAAAUUUGUAAAAUACAAUGAAACGGGUCGUGAAGUCCUUCAAGGUUUGAAAAAAAAAACCCUAAGUUUGUAGAAAUAACGUAAAAAGUGCUUUCGCUUGACACAAUUCUGAUUCAAGCAUCGUAAUGUUAUGGGCCUCGUAGUUUAUUCUUAUCUUAAAAUAAAACUAUUACUGAAAUUA